AUGGACUACCAGAACCGCGCCGGCUCCAAGUUCGGCGGCGGCGGCGUGGCCUCGUACUCGGCCACCAACGCCGACCGCCGCGAACGCCUCCGCAAGCUCGCCCUCGAGACCAUCGACCUCGACAAGGACCCCUACUUCUUCAAGAACCACGUCGGCUCGUUCGAGUGCCGCCUCUGCCUGACCGUCCACCAGAACGACGGCUCGUACCUCGCCCACACCCAGGGCAAGAAGCACCAGACCAACCUGGCCCGCCGCGCCGCCCGCGAGCACAGGGAGGGCAAGCACGGCGUCGACCCGGCCACCGGCCUGCCGUCCAGCGUGGCCGCCAGCUUCGUCGGCGCCGGCGCCGGCGGCCCGCGCCGCAACGCCGUCAAGAUCGGCCGCCCCGGCUACAAAAUCACAAAGGUCCGCGACCCCGUCACCCGCCAGCAGGGGCUGCUCUUCCAGCUGCAGUACCCCGAGGCCGCGCCCGACAUGACGCCCAAGUGGCAGGUCAUGAACGCCUUCACCCAGCGCGUCGAGGAGCCCGACCGGACCUUCCAGUACCUGCUCGUCGCCGCCGAGCCCUACGAGACGGUCGGCUUCAAGGUCCCCGCCAGGGAGCUGGACAAGAGGGACGGCCGCCAGUUUUGCUUCUGGGACCCCGACGCCAAGGAGUUUUGGAUCCAGGUCAUGUUUAUGACGGAGCGCGAGGAGCGCUUCAACGCGGCGCCCGGGCUGGCAGCCAGGAGGUGA